AUGAGAGCUUUUUCAGCAGCCACGGUUAGGGCCACAACUAGGAAGUCGUUCGUUCCAAUGGCACCAAGAACCCCUUUUAUGACGUCUUCGUUUGCAAGAAGUGUAACUCCAAUGACAAGAAUGAGAUAUUAUUCUGAUGAAGCAAAAAAAGAAGAAGCCAAAGAAGGCAAUGAAAAUUCGACUGAAGAACAAUCAGAAAUCAAGAAACUAGAGAAUCAGUUAAGUGCGAAGACUAAGGAAGCUUCUGAACUCAAGGACAGAUUAUUAAGAUCUGUUGCAGAUUUCAGAAACUUGCAACAAGUCACAAAGAAGGAUAUUCAGAAGGCUAAAGACUUCGCUUUACAGAAGUUUGCUAAGGAUUUACUGGAAUCCGUAGAUAACUUUGGUCAUGCUUUGAAUGCUUUUAAAGAAGAAGACUUACAAAAAUCCAAGGAAAUUAGUGACUUGUAUACAGGGGUUAGAAUGACAAGAGAUGUUUUUGAAAAUACCCUAAGAAAGCAUGGUAUUGAAAAAUUAGAUCCAUUGGGAGAACCAUUCGAUCCAAACAAACACGAAGCAACAUUCGAACUGCCACAACCUGAUAAGGAACCAGGUACUGUUUUCCAUGUACAACAACUAGGUUUCACCUUGAACGACAGAGUUAUCAGACCAGCAAAAGUCGGCAUUGUUAAGAGCGAAGAGAACUAA